AUGGACGGACAAGGCCAUCCGCCGACUCCCGCCCCGGCGCCACAGGACAACUCAUGGAUGUGCUGUGUGGUCGACGAGCUCCGUCAAGCACUCCAAGGCGCCGGGCCAAGCCCGCCGCGUCCCAGCGACAGCCUCUUCGCCCAUAGCGCCGGCCUCUUCCGACCACGGGCUCUACCCGUCGACGCCACCAUCAACGCCGACAACGGGGAGGAGACGACCGCCGGCAACCACGCCGGGCUCCGUCGGCCCUCGACCGAGGGGAUGCCACCCCUGGUACCCCUGUUCGCCGGCCUCGUCCGGGCCACGUCGGGCCCCUCCGGAAGUCCCCACCGCACGCGGAGCCGCCGGCAACAGGCGUCUCUCGGACCUCUGGGCGCGGCAUACGAUUUGGUCUCCGACGACGAGGGCCGUGAUAACCACACGCGUAGUCACUACGACCCAACCGGCGAUAACGGCGACGACAGCGACGCGACCGUCCUGUACGACCCCACCGCGGAGGACAGCCGUGACAUACGGAGGAGGCGCACCACACCGCCGCACCCGAGCGACAACCGGGCCCCGCCGUACAUGGGCGAGGUAGAAGCCGCCUUAAUCGAAUGCUUCGGGGAAAUCCCGGUGGACGUGUUCGACUGGGGAAGCGGCACCAACACGGCGUCAACCAUCUCGGCCGACGACGACGAGGCCAGCCGGGAUGGCCGCCAGUCAGACGCCUCGCGACCACCUUCCACCGGACCCGCCGAUGACGCAUCGGCAUCGACAGUCUCGGCCGACGAGGACGAGACUAGCCAAGACAGUGGCUGGUCCAACGCCCCGCGAUCGCCGCCCCCACGCUGGACUCCACCCAGCACCACACCGCUACAAAGCUGGGCCCCAGCCACUGCCAGUCGCAGCCGACCCCCUCCGCCCUCCUACGAGGAAAUAUUUGGCUUGAGACCAUACCCCGGUCCUCACGCUACCGCCCGAUGCGCCGCGGUGGCCGCCAGUCGUGAUCCUCGACCCCGCCUGCCCACCAUUGCGGAGCUGGCCGCAGAAGAGGCGCGCCGAAGGGCGGAGGACCUCAGCGAGGAGCUCGGCAUCCCGCAGAUGGCCCAGUUGCCAGUCGGCAACCCACCGGUUGCCCAACCGCCGUCGAAUGGCCCACCACCAUCACCGACCCCACGCCGCCGAGCCCGGCGCCGGAGCGCACCAUGGGCAGACAGCCCGCCCAGCUCGUCCGACGAGUCAUCAUUGGACGCCGACGAGGGAGCCCUCGGCCCUCCCCGCUGGGUACCGGCCCCAGUGGAGUGGACCACGCCCAACGGCACAUUGCCAGCCGCCUUGCUCCGCCGGAUUCACGGGCGCCUGGCGACGCCAAGACGACGGACAAUCCGGAUUCUGGAGGAGGAGGCGAAUCAACGCUUCCGCGUCCAGAUUAACCGCAGCGGGAAAGUGAUCAUCACUCUCCACCCCUCCCGAAGAUAG